AGCUUAAAACGUGCAACGACCACAUACCUUACGUCGUGCAAGAAACGCCCACCAGCUUGGUCUAUUGUCCAAUGGAAUAAUGUAACAGGGAAUCGUGACACACGCCCGUCCCUUUUUAGGACGCUCGGUUCAAUGACAUCAUAGACGUGCGCCUUCUUUUCAUCGUGCAAGUUUGCUUUGAAAAGGUUUGUAUGAAAAUGCUGGUGAAAGCUUCAGGGCUGCUGUUGACCCAACCAUUUACAAAUAUUGUGAAACAUUCAUUCAGGAUUUCUGCAGCCUGUACAGCUAUACAGAAAUUGACUCGGGUUCGUGUGGUGGACAACAGUGCACUUGGCAGUACUCCAUAUCAUCGGCCACCUAAAUGCAUUCAUGUGUAUACCAAAAAUGGUGUGGGCAAAGUGGGUGACAAAAUUUUACUGGCCAUUAAGGGACAGAAGAAAAAGGCUCUUAUUGUUGGCCAGAAAAUGCCAGGCCACACCAUGACACCUCGGUUUGAUUCCAAUAAUGUUGUGCUAAUUGAAGAUAAUGGAAACCCAACUGGGACAAGGAUCAAAACACCUAUACCUUCUAAUCUGCGUCGACUUGAAGGAGAAUACUCUAAAGUGCUGGCCAUUGCUCAGACAUUUAUAUGAUAGCCAGAUAUGCUUCUAUCAUGAAACAUGAUCUAAGGUAUAAUUAAUAAAGUGGCAUCAGCUAAAGACAGCUUGCACAUUCAAAUACUUCUUGUUUGAGAUAAACUGUGCUGUAACUGUUAGAAGUGAAAUUGAAGUUGAAAAAUUGUCUUUCUUUUGCAGGUGGUGUGACUAUUAAAAGAGAAUAUAUAUUUUUGAUUUAAAAAUGUAUUUAAGUAUUCUUUGUAAUCAGCACUGUUAAUUUUAACUAUAUAAGCAAUAAAGCUGUGAGUCAUCAGGAAGGA